ACGUCUAAAAAUUUAGUUCUACAGUAGAAAUUGUUAACUCCAAGGAAUCCAAAUAUAGCUGAAAGAGCUAUACAAUUUUACGCGUUUUUUUACUGUUUAUAGUGCAAAACGUUUUAAGAAGUCUCCAGACCUGCCUUUGUUAGCAAGUUAGCCAGUUAACGACAUUCACCAGCCCGCAAGCUUGCUGGGUUAGCAAAAGAGUGAGCUAACACCAGUCUUACUGAAUAGUUUAUUGUUUUCAACAGCUAACUCCGCUAACUGGGUUGCCCAGCCAGCUCGCUGAAUACUCACAGUUCCGUUUCCAGAAGGAGGUCAGACAAGAGAAAGAAGAAUCACGACACAGUAUAAGAAGGGUUGGUGAAGCAAGCAGCAGUGGAGAUGAUGAUGAUGAUGCUGAUGACGAUGAAGAGACGCAGCUGAGAGCAGGCGUUUGUGUAUAUGUGUGUGUGUGUGUGUGUGUGUGAGAGAGAGAGAGCGUGAGUGAGUGUGUAAUUCUGUAGCGGCGGGAGCUCUCCCACCCUCCACAGUCGUGCCCAUGUUCUCCCCCGACCAGGAAAACAUCUCCACAGCCUCCACCAAAGUGCCAGUCAAGUAUGGAGAGCUCAUUGUACUGGGGUACAACGGCUCUUUGCCUAAUGGGGACAGAGGCAGACGCAAAAGCCGCUUUGCCCUCUGCAAGAGGCCCAAGGCCAACGGAGUGAAACCUAGCACAGUACAUGUCGCCUGCACCCCACAGGCAGCUAAGGCCAUAAGCAACAAGGACCAGCAUAGUAUCUCCUACACGCUGUCUCGAGCUCAGACGGUGGUGGUGGAGUACACCCAUGACAGCAAUACAGACAUGUUCCAGAUUGGCCGUUCUACAGAGAGCCCAAUAGACUUUGUGGUGACGGACACGGUGCCUGGCAGCCAGAGUAACUCAGACACGCAGUCGGUGCAGAGCACCAUCUCCCGCUUCGCCUGCCGCAUCAUGUGCCAGCGCAGCCCGCCCUACACCGCACGCAUCUAUGCAGCCGGCUUUGACUCCUCCAAAAACAUCUUCCUCGGGGAGAAAGCAGCCAAAUGGAGGACAUCAGACGGACAGAUGGAUGGACUGACGACUAAUGGUGUUCUGGUCAUGCACCCUCGCCACGGCUUCACUGAGGACUCCAAACCUGGUGUGUGGAGAGAGAUCUCCGUCUGCGGCAACGUCUUCACUCUGAGAGAGACGCGCUCGGCACAACAGCGUGGCAAAAUGGUGGAGAAUGAGACGCAGGAACUGGUGGACGGUUCUCUUAUCGAUUUGUGCGGGGCGACGCUGUUGUGGCGGACGGCCGAGGGUCUUGCACGAACCCCCACCGUCAAACACCUGGAGGCUCUGAGACAGGAGCUGAACGCUGCACGGCCCCAGUGCCCAGUGGGCUUCAACACGCUGGCCUUCCCCAGCAUGCGGAGAAAGGAGGUGGUGGACGAGAAACAGCCCUGGGUCUACCUGAACUGCGGCCACGUUCACGGUUACCACAACUGGGGCAACCGCGAUUCGGAGCGGGACGGGCGGGAGCGAGAGUGCCCCAUGUGUCGGGCACGGGGGCCGUACGUGCCCCUGUGGCUGGGCUGCGAGGCCGGAUUUUACCUGGACGCCGCCCCACCCACGCACGCCUUUAGUCCCUGUGGCCAUGUGUGCUCAGAGAAGACUGUGGCUUACUGGAGCCAGAUUCCUCUGCCCCACGGCACACACACCUUCCACGCCGCCUGUCCCUUCUGUGCCCAGCAGCUGAGCGGAGAGCAAGGCUACAUCAGACUCAUUUUCCAGGGCCCUGUGGAUUAGAGAAGCCUCCACCAAAACCCUCCAUGUCACUGUUCCCUGUUCUUACCACCCCCUCAUCCCAAACCAGCCCCAUCCUCCGUCUCUGAGAUCUGCUAUGUGUAUCAGACUCGUGAGACGCGCUCUCUCUCUCUGUCUCUCUCUCUCUCUCUCUC